AUGCAUCAGCCAGCUCAAAUUAUGACGAACUCUAACUCUAACUCAAUGAUGCAGAUCUGUAAAACUUGCCUUGAAAAGACUUAAAAUGGGGACACCUAUGGAAUGGGACUAGUUGAGACAAAUACUCUUAAAAGAUAGACUUUCACUCAUAGUUAAUCAGUUGGAAAACUACAUUAAACGAACAAGGCUCAAACUACUAGAUCUAAAAAUAAUACUUUAAGUAAUUCUAAGAAAAGAUUAAGAAAUACAGCUACAGGAGAUAUUCACAGGUCAAUGGUUUAUCACUCUAACAAUAAAAGUCAAUCUUUUAACAAGGAUAUUACUGAUAUGAACGAUGAAGAGGUAAAUGCAGUUGUCUAGAAAAAUAUGAGGGAUUAUCAAAGAAAAGGACUUUUGGACAUUGUUGACAGAGACAAUCACUAUCAGGGAUGUGGAACUUGCAUCUAAUAAAGACAAAAGCAAGGAGGGUCGUCUUCAAAGACAAGAUAUUGUCCACAUAUGAAUUAAAGAACAACUGUGACUACUCCUUAACAAUAAAUUAGGGGAAAUAAAUCCUCAUCGAUGUUUAGGCAACACUAAGGACGACCUAGAUCGGCUUUUAAGAAUAGCGAGGGCAAAAAUAUUUAGACUCAGAGACCGUAGACAUAGCUCUCUUUAAAUCAAGACUCUCUUAACAGCUCUACAUUAAAAAGAUAGCUUCAAGGAAAUGCUAGUCCGUAAAUUGAUAUAGAUUUGAAUCUUUAUAGCUCUUAGCAGCACAAACUCGCAUAGGGAUCAGGAAAAGAGGCACUAAAAUCUAUUGUUGAAAUUAGAAAGAGCUUGGCUAAUCCCUAAUUACUUAGCUAUAAAAUAUCAUCAGAACAAGGUAAUGUUUGGAGAAAUGCAUAUUAUCUAAGUACUUCUAUUGAGGAAAGUAAUGUCAGAAGAUCUGUAAACUCUAUGCAAAACACCAAUAGAUCUCCAGGGUAAGAUCUCCCAGUCAAUCGAGACUAUUAGCAAUAGUAAACCAUUCCUUCACCAAGAAGUACUUAGUUUCAGCAAUAGUAAACAAGAAAUGAUCUUCAGAUGCAUGGAAGUUUCUUAGAAAGAUAAAGCAAUGGCGGGUCUCUAUCAUAAAGACCUGCUUCAGGAAUGUCAAGAGGUGGAGGAAUCGCUAAUACUUUGAGUGAUCAAAAGAUUUUCAAUAAUCAUACACCUACCUAAUCGUUGCCAUAGUAAAAUGUACAGGCUUAUCUUGAUUUUAACACUAUGUCCACAAAGAAACAGAAUCAAACUCCAAAUUAUGGAAGUUUGAAUGGUGGUGGUCCUCACCCAGAAAGACAGUACUCGCAAAAAUCACUAAAUCAGCAAAAUACAGGUCUAGUGGUUAAUCCAUGCCCAAUGCAUAUUAUGAAUGAGAUAGCUUUCUUGGAUAAGACCACCAAGAGAGGGGCUUGCUCAGAGUGCAUUCCUGAGUUGACUAAGUAAAACCAUGAAUUAAUGCCAAUAAACGCCACUAUUUUCGAGAUAAGAGAUGUUAUGAUGAAUCUUGAAUGCUAAAUGCUUGAGCUUUUAAGAUAAAGAACAGCUCUAUUGAAUGACAACAGGAAUAAAAUGUCAAUUAUAGAUGCAGAUUAAAGUCAAUUCGUCUAAGAGCAGCAAAAUAAGAUAAAUCAACUACACAACUACUUGGAAGAUAGGCUUAGGACUGCAAUAAAUGACUAUUAAAAGGCAAUUGAACCAGAUACCUUUAAAGUAAAAAGUAAUAUAAAUAGACUUGAGGAUUAAAUUUCUAUAAACAAGCAAUUCAUCUCAGAAGUAUAAGCAUUGAAAAGAGAGUUCGAUAAUAACACAAGGAUUUAGAACAUUGUAGAUAAAGUGUCAGUUGCUGGAAAUCUCCUUAAUCAAUAUAACUCACUUAGAAGCAAGUAAAAUGAUGACUAGUUUGAAACAGUUUAUCCGAAUCAUCUUAGAGAUUUCCUACCAGUUUUUUAGAUUAACACUGAUUAGGAACUUGAGAUAAUGGCCAAUAAGUUUCGAGUCUUGACUCAUCAUAUGAGCUAGCAAUAGCAAAUGAAUUUGUAAUUUGAUGCUACUAUGAGAUCUCCAACUAAGUAAAAUAUCCUAGGAGCAGCUCCAUCAUCUGGGUUCUUUAAUCAAGCCCCCUUUAAGCAAACCAAUAGUCUAAUCAACUCUCAAGGACUCUAAACUCCUAAUUAAAUGAAAUCUCAUGCAGAAUCACUUUAUGAUCCGAAAUUAGCGAAUCAAAUUUAGAAAGACGAAUCAUUUGAGGAAGUAAAUCUAGAGACAAGAGAAGAUAUGCUUCUAUCCAACUAAAAGGAAGGAAAUAUGGGUAAAAGUAAUCAGAAGAAUACAGCUAAUUUUAAUUAUUAAUAGCAGCAGUAAUAAUAGAAUGGGCAAACAAAUAACAUGCUAAGAUCCUCUACAAACAAGCAAAUGAACUUGUUUGAUACACCUUAAGUAAUGAGAAGAAAGAUCAAGAUUCUUAGAUGGCUUUCCAAAAAGAUAGGAGAAUACGAUAUUGACAAUGAUUUUUGGAGAGCAAAUGAUGCCUAGGUUGAUAGACCAUUCUUGGCUUUCUCAAGAACCAUUUAUUUACCUAAUUAAGAUAUGAUUGUGAUAGGAGGUCUCGAUGAUUUCAUACCUAAUAAGCCAACAUUUUCAGCUUAAUGCAUUCUUAUAUCAGAAGUUCCUUUAAAUUCCUAUGAUAAUCUGUAUGUCUAAAACCCAUUAAAAUCAAUGAUAUCUAAAAGAGGUUGUUUCGCUGCAAUCUUCCAUGAAGGCUUCAUCUUUGUAAUGGGAGGCUUAAACUACACUGAGAAGAUUUUGAAAAAGUGUGAGAGAUACUCGAUUGCUGAUGAUAGAUGGGAUCAUAUCGCAGACAUGUAGGAACCUCGUAAAAAUGCAUCAGCCUGUGCACUUACCACGGACACAAUCUAUGUCUUCGGCGGUUCUUCUCAAUCUUAGUCUUCAGAUACCAUUGAGCAGUACUCAAUAGCUACUAAUACUUGGAACCUUCUAAAGAUCAAACUCCCAUCUCCGAUAUCAUUCGUUACUAGCUUCAAAAUGUCCCAGACUUAAAUCAUACUACUAGGUGGUAGUGUAAAAGAGCAUUCUAGAAGAGCUUAGACCUAUAAAACCAACUAGGUCCUAGUGUUUGAUGUGAUACAGCCCAAGUUUACCAGAGUCAAGAAUCUAGAGAGAGAUCUGAUAUCCCUUUACCCUGCAUUCUUUGACUCAGGCACAUUAUUCUUGAUUGAUGAAGAUGGCGACAGUGAAAACCCUCCUAUUAUUAGAUACGAUAUGACAUACCUUCUUCAAUAGUAAUAGUAUAAUUUGGAAUGA